CACCGCAACGCUGCUCUACACACAACCAACUCAACUCCCACUGUCGCAACCAUGCAGGUCCACGCUGUGCCAGAUUCAGAGCGCGCGUUUGAUUCGACUGGGCGUAGACUGCCUUGGGCGUUCGAAUAUGCAGACUCGGAACACGCCCAGCGUCGGGUACCGGAAGAGAAAGGCCCCUUUGGCAAAGCACGAAAGCGCGGCGUCAGUCGAAGCAAGACCCCGACUGUUAGAAGCGAAGAGGACAAAGCGAAGCUCGACAACCUCCGUACAAUCGAUGAUAUCUUCCUACGACACAAGGCGGACACAGACAAGCAAAAGUCUCUAUCAGGAAGGAAACCUUCGGGUACUCUAGCAGGACCCCCUGUAUCCGCAUCUGCACCGAAUCUCCUGGAAGCUGGAGGGCUGUCGACCUCUUUCCAACCAGGUGCAUCCGCGACCAACGCCUUGAAAGAGCCCAAAGAAGUCAUACUCUACGGAUACGGAAGCGAAGUGCAAUGGGCGGCUCUAGAUUUCUACGAGAAGGUGUCCAGCGGCAUAAUCUAUGAGGAGUACGAUCGGGAACCUCCAGGCGCAAAAUACGGCUUGUCCUUCAGUCAGCAACGGGCAUCCUCGUACGUCCGGUCUCUCUCGAAAUCAGCUCGUGCAAAGGUAAACGAGUUUGUCGGCGGCGACCACUGGAUAAAAGUCACGUUUGACUCUGCAGAGGCGGCUGAGCGCGCAUGCCACUAUUCGCCGCAUGGGAUUCAGGGAUAUACUGUCUUCGCGGAGCCAUAUAGGGGAACGGGGCCGACUAGCGGUGAUAGAGCGAUUCGAGCACAAGCGGGAUUAGCUACAUCGCAGACUGCAUCUCCGAACACCCUGUCGUCCACAACGAUGCAAUUAGGCGCAUCACAGUCCUCAGCUACAGUCUCCUCCGCAACGGCUACAGCGUCGAUACCCGCCUCCAUGCCACCACGGCUGGCCUCCGAGCCGCUCCUCCAUGCAAGCGGUGCAUUCCCAAUCGACUUCGACGAACCAACAGGACGGGCAUCCGCACAGCCUCCGGUGCCCAUUCGGGCGCAAGCACAACCUCCCGCCCGGACCACAUCCGCGCAGCCUCGUCCGCCAACCGGACCAAAACUCCGCAUCAAGAACGCGAAACCCGUGCAGUUCCUCCCGCAAGAGAAGGCGUUCCUUCCAGCUCCUCCCCGCUGGCAGCAAACGCUCAGCUCCUUCCCGAUCAUCGGGUGGGUGAUCGGCUCUGGUCAUGGAAUUAUCGGCGAUCAGGUGCCGCGAAAAGAGGAUGGAAGUUUCGAUAGCGGGAGUGCCAGUUUGUAUUGGCGGGUUUGGUAUAUGGUGGAUACAUGCUUCGGUACGGAUUUCUGUGGAGUUCGGGACGCGGAGUACGAAGAGUAGACAUUAGAGUUGAGUGACCGAAGAAGUAUUGGAUGCGAAAGGCAUCCUCAAGCAUUGGGCGGCGCCUAUGGUUUGGAAGGAAUGCUGCAUUGUUUGCGGCGAAAUUGUCCGUUUCGCUUGGUCUUGAUAUCCUUCCCCUUUGAAAGAACGCUUCAUCAAUCCAGAAAUUCUCUUACUUGUGUUGACUC